CUACACACUCUCACCAUCCCCAUUUCUCCACCCCCCUUCUCUCUCUUCUCUUUCUCUCUCUAGCAAGAUGGAGGCAGUCCUCUUUGUGCUAGUCGUCUUCUGCUUCACCGUUCAGCCCCUCUCCGCCGCUCCGGAGGACUUCGACCUCGACGUCAACCACGCGAUGGUAAUGCCUCCGGCCCACGCGCCGGCGCACCACCACCACCACCACCACCACCUCCUCAACCCCGGAUCCUCCCCUGUCCACGCCCCGGCUCAUGCCCCGGCUCACGCCCCGGCCCACCACCACCACCACCACCACCACCACCAUGCCCACGCUCCUGUCCCCGCUCCAGUCCACGUCCCCGCCAAGGCGCCGCUUCACGCCCCGCCUCACAUGCCGGCUCACCCGCCGGCCCACCCUCCACCUCACAUGCCGGUUCACCCGCCGUCCCACGCCCCACCUCACAUGCCGGUUCACCCGCCUGCCCAGCCCCCUAGGGCUGGACCCCACAUGCCCCGGAGCUUCAUAGCGAUUCAAGGGGUUGUGUACUGCAAGUCCUGCAAGUACGCCGGGGUCGGCACCCUCUUGGGCGCCACCCCACUUCUUGGAGCCGAGGUGAAGCUCGAGUGCAAUAGCAGCAGUCGCCCAGUGGGCGGGACCAUGAAGACCGACAAGAACGGCUACUUCUUCAUAAUGGCACCGAAGACCAUCACGACCUAUGCCUUCCACAAGUGCAAGGUCUCGCUUGUGUCGUCGCCCCCGGCCGCCAUGUGCAAGAAACCGUCCGACCUCCAUGGCGGGAUCAGCGGGGCCACCCUGCGGCCUGAGAAGCCCUUCAUGGCUAACAAGCUCCCCUACAUGCUCUUCACUGUUGGGCCCCUUGCGUUCGAGCCUCAGUGCCCCCAUUGAUUGAUUAGUGCUAGAUCAGUAUAUGAUCCCGACCAGUCGUGAUAAUGUUGGUGAUGAUGAUUUGAGUGUUACUAAGUUAAGGGUAUCAUGGAACUGAGCUUGUUGUCUAUGUUGUUUCCAUUUAGCUGGUCGAUGUGUACUUUGUACUUAAGCGUCGUUGUUGAGCAAUUAGGGCUUCGUUUGGGGUAUGAUAUGUUCUGAUUGUUGAAUUGCAUAUACAUUGUCGUGCCUUCUUAAUUAAAA